AUGGGAGAAGCUGGAGGUGCCUCACCCAUUCCUAACCUGCGAGGGGAGGCCGAGGCGGGGGACUGGGAGAGAAAUUUUUCUGCGAGUGAGACCUCCAGGAUGCGGCGCUUCCUGGAAUGGGCCCGAAAGGCUCAUUCCAGAAGGCUUUUCGUCCGUACCUCCAGGGUCGCUCCAGCCCCCGAGGACACAGAGUUCAAGGAGGAAGUGAUGAGCAACGAGCGGUGUUUUGAUCUCGUGCUCAGUGAGCUCUACGGAUCCCAGUCCCACGGCGAUCUGGUGUCCUGGACCAGGAACCUGACCUCGCCCCAGCUGAGUAACCUCUCCCUGCAAGUCGUGUAUUGUUUGAGGAGCCCCAACCUGACCAGGGUGGGGCAGGCAAUAUGGAUACUCUCCAUUCUGCUUCAGGUGAACACAGCCUUAGAAAAUCAGGAGGCCGACUUUGCAAGGAGCAUGUUUGAGCACCACAUCUCCUCCGGCCCCCAGGCUGGGAAGACCCUCUUCAAGGAAGCCCUGGCCCUGCUGGCCUGUCACCACAUUCGGGAGACAGUGCAGGUGUUCCUCGAGUACUCAAUACCUCUGAACGGGUCGGUCCUUGAGGUUUGGAAAUCUGUUGGGGCGGAUGCUUCCAUCGCCUCCCGCAUGCUGCGGGAACUGCUCCGUAGGGUGUUGGUACGACCUCUACCUGAGGAGAGCAAAAGGACCGAAUGGGACAGACACACCCGAGACUCCAUCGCGGCUGUGAACACGCUAUACGGGCUUCUCUUUGCUAUGGAGUACUCGGAGUCUGUGGCUCAACUCCUCCCCCAGCUCUUCCUGGCCUUCAUCAUCCAGAUCCAGUAUGUGCUGGAGCUGGGCCUGGUUGGGGAGCGGGUGCUCUUGGCCGUGGAGCCCACCGUCCCCUCUGCCCUCAGUCCCUGGAGGACGGCCCUGGAGGCCCUGAGGGGGCUUCUGUCCACCAGAGGAUGUUGGCAGAGCUUCAUAUCCAUGGAGUUGCAGGAUGGCUGGCACCUUUUCUCAUCCCUCAACACCUUCCAGGAGACCGUGGCCCUUCUGGCCACAUGUGUGACCCUGGUCCAGAGCAGGUGCCCGAUGGUGGCCGAACUCCUGCAAAUGGUGGCCAGCUCUUUUCAGGUGAAAGGUCCGCAAGGCCGGAGUGUGGCCAUGGGGCUGCUGGCCGAGUUGAUCUGGACCCGUGGCCUGAAGACUGUCCUGGAUCCCAAGGUCGUGCUGUUCAUCCUCCGGGACGGCCUAAAGGACCCCGAGCCUUUGGUGCGGGUCAUCAGCCUGCAGGCCCUCACUAGCCUGCCCCUCAACCCUCCUCAGCGCCCAGUACUUUUUGCUCAGCUCCCCUUCCUCCUGGAGGGCAUCACCCGGAAGGACCAGGAGGGGCUCCUAGCGGCCUUGGACGCGGCGACUCUCACCGCCCGCAGCCUGGGCAGUCGGGGACUCGGCCACCUCCGUAAGGACAUCGUCCUCAUGCUGAACCCGUUCUUUGACGACGAGAGACCCCAAGUGCGGGUGGCAGUCCUGGAGCUGCUGGCAGCCGUGGCCGGCGGCUGUGUGACGGAUCCCAAAUCCCAUCUCCAUCAGAAGCUGAUCUGCUGCCUCCUCCCCGUCCUCUUCCACCUGAAGGACGAGCACCCGGCAGUGUCCAAAAAAGCCAGAUAUACAUUCUUAUGGCUGGCCCAGAAUAUCGGCUGGAGGCACUCCAGAGUCGUCGGGUGGAUUUUGAGGUGGGAGGAGAAGGAGAGCACGGCCUACGGUACCAUCUGGAUGGCCUUGAUGAAGAGCUUUGGGGACUUCCAUCCCAUUUUCUUGUCCCAAGCUCUGGCCUAUGCCAACUGCUUCCAACCAGAUGUCAAAUUUGCGGCCGCUGUGUUCCUCGUACACACCAUCACUCUCUAUACAGCAAGCCCGCUGCUCUCCUACAAGGCGUUCAAAAUCAUUUUCGAGAGGUUUCCCAUCUCCGCAGCCCUGGAAAUUGAAGCUCUGAAAAACUACUCCUCGUCCAGGAUCCGCAGAUUCCUGAACACCUACGAACGGAGACUGAAAGAGAACGAUGAACUGUUCUUCUUCUGAGGGCCCCCACCCCGUAGGAGAAAAGAAACCUAGGAGGACGAGGUGGCAUCAGAACGGUCCUGGGGCACCGGGUCUGGAGCAG